GCUGCUGCUGCUGCUGCUGCUGCUGCUGCUUUCGUCGUUGCCUUCGACCCUCUCGCAGUUAAUCUGGCGCACGUCAACAACACACAUCACCACUACAACUACAACAAGUACCACAAGCACCACAAACACCGCCACCGAGAAUCACACCAACAGCACACAGUGCUAUCUCUCUCACACGCCAUGAGUGAUCGCAAGGACGCGUUCAAGCCGCUGCGCAGCCGCAAGGCGGCCCAGCAGCGCCACAAGGAGCGUCAGCGAGACGCAUCACACCAGCGCCGCAUGAAGAAGACUGCCCUCAUGCAUGCAAAGCGCAUGAUCGAUGCCGAAGAUGCCUCCCCAAGCCCCACGCCCAUGGACCAGGACGCUGUUGCUGCCGUCGAUAGCGAGAAGCUGGUGGAAGAGAAGUACAGAACCCUGCGCGGAGGCGCGGAGGAGGAGCGUCCCAGUGCCCUGCAGGUUCUGAGAGACGUGUUCCGCGCAGAGCCAGACGCCGCUGCCGCUUUCCUUCGCCAUGAUGACGCCACAACGGUGCUUGUGAACGUGUUGAAGGAUCCUGCCUGUGCGCUCGCUGCCUGUGAAUGCAUCACCAACCUCGCCGCCUCACCAGCGGCCCACAAUGCCGGCCUUCCGCUGGUGGUGCCGACGCUGCAAGAGGUCCUGGCGGCCUCCACCAGCCCCGAACUCACCCGCCAGGCCUGCUGGGCCAUUGGUAACAUUGCCGCGGACGGACCAGAGGCCCGCGAUGCUGUUGUGGCCACGCCCGGCUGUGUUGAUUCCCUCAUGCAGCUCCUCAAGGUGCGCGCAUGUGUGUGCAUAUUCCCCUUUGCGGACGAGAAGCUGUUUGACUUGCUGGAGCACUUGCUGCAACUACCAUCAAAGGUCAUUCUCCUGGAGACGGCGUGGUUCAUCGGAAACCUCGCCGGCGCAAACCCCGACUUUGCUGCUGGGAUUUUCCAACACGAUCUCCUCAUCCACUUGAGGAACUUGCUCGAGGAAACAACAGAACUGCAGCGAGAGGUUUCGUUUGCGGUGCUGAACAUGGCCACAUCCAACCCGACCUGUAUCGAUCCCCUCAUCAAGAACACCUUUCACACAGGGAUGUAUGCACUGCUGAAGACGCCCGACUUUGACUGCACGCUCAACUGCCUCGGCUUUGUGGAUGUGCUGAUGACGGAGUACGGCCCCGUUGGCCGCGACUUUGUGCCAGAUCACGUCGUGGACGUCAUUGAGAGUUUGCAGUACAGCGACGCUGCGAAUAUCAAAGCGCUCGCAACAUCCAUUGUGGAGCGCCACUUCAACUACGACGAAGAAGAGGACGAUGCCAACCUCGAUGACCAGCGUCCAGCAGUGGACGCAAGUGCAUACCCGGAAUCGCGCCUCAACGCCUCCUUCAACCCGUAGACGGCUGAGUGCGAGGGCUUGUGUGUGUGAUGACGCAACAGCUGCAUGCGCAUGACAUCACUGCGCCCACACACACCCACACGCCUCUCUUCCUUGUUUUGCUGCGGCAUCUGCUGUUACACAAGUUCAACCAGCUUUUCAUUCAAAGCACAUAAAUAGAGCACUCCAA